AUGUUUCAAGCAAUGAUAUCCUCCCCAACAUCGACCAGUACGACGAGUUUGACCCCACGGGGCUUGUCAUCACCGCCGCUGAUAGCCACUCCGUCCGCGGAGGACAAGGCCAUGGUCCGGAGUAUUCACCGCAAAUUCAAUCCACCCGCUUUCGAGGGUUCCAUACUUGCUGUCGCGCUCGAACAUAACAAGCAUGAUAUUGUCGAAUUACUGUUGGCCCGUAGGAGUCUUAAAAUUGACUCCAAAGAAUCUCCGCAUCCACUGAUGAUCGCGAUGAAACGAGGAGCUCACGUCAGAGCCAUACUCGCCAGAGACGACAUCGAUAUCAAUGGCUAUUUCGACACAGGAGAUACCUUGGAGACCCCACUGACUAUGGCCGCAAAGCUCGGCAGGCUACGCAUAGUCGAGUCGCUCCUGAACCGGGGAGGUAUCGAUGUGAACAAGAGGAGCAAUUGCGCUGCAGGCCUGAGGCUUUCGGCCUGA